GACAGAGUUUAAAAGUUUUGCAGAAGUAUUUAUUUUAUAUUUUGAUAUGAAUGCUUGCAUGAUGUGUUCUCAGUACCCUAAUCAUCAUAUUGCUGACUAUAAGAAGGUGGCUACUACGCAAGUUAGGAAAGGACUCUCGCUGCGACCUAUGUAUAGCUGCAACACAUGAGGAUACCCAGGAUACAUUCGAUGUACCCCAGACAUCUGCUACACCACAACCAACACCACAGGAUACUGAGGAUAACCCUGUUGUACCCCAGGCAUCUGCUACACCACAGCCAACAUUAACCCCCCAACCAGCCGAUUUGGUAGUACAGCUACAUAGUCCACCCUCCUUCUACACCACUCCUAGCAGCAGCACUGCCACACCCCCACACCCAGUACUGAUUGUUCUACUAAGCCAUUGGAUACCCCUGAAGGGACUAUUGCUAAGCGUACCAGAUAGCAAAUGGCCAAGAAACUUGCUUUGUAAAUUAACAAUUAUAGGUGUAAUCUUAUGUCAAGUCAUUUUUUUUUUGAGAGACGCAACAGCAUUUGACUUUUUCUUUUAUGCAAAUGAUGCUUUAAUAGAUGCAAAGUACAUAUUUUGACAGCUUAAUAUUCUUUUUUUUGUACAUGUGAAGUACACAAUAUCUUAGCAGAUUUUUUUUUUUACACAAUGAAUAUUAAACUUUAUGGUUUUUUAUGUACAUGUGAAGUUCACAGUAUCUGUAAUUUUGCAGAUUUUUAUUUUACUGCUGCAAAACAUGUAUGUUUGAUACACAAUGUUUCACCCACUUUAUGGUUUUUUUGUACAUGUGAAGUACACAGAAUCUGUGUAGAAAGAGUGUGUCGCGUAUGAAGAGAGGCCAAUACCUGCUGCAGCUCUACACCAAUACAUUAGGGAACUACCCAUACAACGCUCCCCCACGACAACGCCCCCCUCAACCACCUCAGCUGCUCCUCAUAGAAGGUCAAUGAGAAUUAGAAGACCUGUGAACAGACUGAAGUUGUGCAUAUUGGCAUAUUCAGUGCACCUCCUACAACACUUGGUUGACAAUUCUGAACAGGAUGAAAGAGCUGGAAUUAUUAUGUAUGACAUAGCAUGUAGCCUUCAGAGACACUUGCAGAAAGAAAACAAAGACCUACAGGCAAAUUUUAAGUUUGUUGUGCCAGUGUUUCACAGUUAUGCACAUAAUAUGGCAUGCCAGCUUGAAUUUGGUCAAAGGUUUGUGGAGGGAACUGGACUUAAUGAUGGUGUCGCGAGAUUGUGGUCCUACCUCAGAAAAUUCAGUUCUAUCACAAAAGAAAUGACUGUGUCAAACAGACACUAUUUGUAAGUGGAUGCAUUAGAACAUUAUUCAAACAGAAU